AUGGAGGAAGUGGAGCACUCUACAUCGAUGUCUUAUAAUAAGGAAGGGGUGUUUUUGUAUCUAGGAGGACAUGACAGAGAAAAGGAGAAGGGACAGGUUGAUUCUGCAGCCAAAAUGUUGGUUGACUUCCCUAAAGCAGGUGGACCCUUCCAGGCUAGCAAGCUGAACCAGCGCAGCGAAGGGGCUGUUGAGCAGCACAGCCUGUUGCUUCGAGGUAGGGACUGUGGGUGGGGAGUCAUUCCGAAGAACUGGGCAAGAACAGAUGCAUCCAGACCUCGCUGCCCUGGUGAUGAGCAUCUGUGCAGCUGUAACGUUAAGCUCAUGCUGGCCAUAACACCCAAGGGUCGUGCACCAGCAGUGAAAGCGAAGUCGUGCAUUUGUCAUAUGUGUGGUGCCCACCUGAACAGACUCCACUCUUGCCUCUACUGUGUCUUCUUUGGCUGUUUUACAAAGAAACAUAUUCACGAGCACGCAAAGACAAAACGACACAAUUUAGCCAUAGACCUUUUGUAUGGGGGUAUAUACUGCUUUAUGUGUCAAGAUUACAUAUACGACAAAGACAUGGAACAAAUUGCCAAAGAAGAACAACGAAAAGCUUGGAAAUUACAAGCCUUCACCCCAACAGUGGUUUCUCACUACCAGUGUACAAUGACAGGCAUUGGAGAGAAGUAUUCAACAUGGGAGCCAACCAAACGGGAGUUAGAAUUGCUACGACACAACCCCAAGCGGAGAAAAAUAACCACAAACUGCACCAUAGGUCUACGAGGGCUAAUCAAUCUUGGGAACACAUGUUUUAUGAACUGUAUUGUCCAGGCACUUACCCACACUCCACUGCUGCGAGAUUUCUUCCUCUCCGACAGGCACAAAUGUGAAAUGCAAAGCCCCAGCUCAUGUCUGGUCUGUGAAAUGUCUACGCUUUUUCAGGAGUUUUACUCUGGGCACCGAUCUCCUCACAUUCCAUAUAGGUUAUUGCACCUGGUAUGGACUCAUGCACGGCAUUUAGCAGGGUACGAGCAACAAGAUGCACACGAGUUCCUCAUUGCUGCAUUAGAUGUGCUACACAGACACUGCAAAG